UUUCAACGAGCCCACGCAGACGUCUUCUGGCUUCGUUUUGGGGACCAACAAACGGCAGCUAGGUACUUAGCCCGGUUGCAGCGCCGCGCAGCUGCCGCAUCGAGUUCGGCCUCUCUUAUUUCGCAGCGCCAAACCAACCUACACGCACACUCGCACCAGACCAAUUUGGGGAAUCGUGCUACCCCACUGUCCUCAUCCCCACCGUUCUCUUUUAAGAAUCAAGAUAUAAUAAUCCAUCAAAGGUCAUGCCAGCACUACACCGGCAACAACAAUGAAAUGAAUAGGAUUCCAGACGUCACGUAUAAUCAAAUCGGAAAGCAAACAGGUCUAAUCACUCGUCUUACUCAAGCGCUUCGUAGGAAGUGUCAACCCUCUUCAGAAACAUCGUGA